AUGUCGAGAAAAAAAAUUUCAGAGGAGUUUUUGGAAAUAGAGGAUGAAAUUAAAUCGAUCGAGGUUGAAAUAAAUAAGCUGAAACGACGUAAAUCUCUUCUUGUAGCAAAAAAAGAACAGAUUUUGGCCAGAAUAUCUGCAGAAGACGUUGAUGAUACGACUCUUCAUAGUCAGUGGGAGAAUGAUCAGUUCCCUUGGUCGCAAGAAGCUCAAAGUGUUCUCGAACGGGUAUUCAAACUUCAAGUGUUCCGUCCAUUGCAAAAAGCUGUGAUAAAUGCUGCGAUGUCCAAAGAAGAUGUAAUCGUCAUCAUGAACACGGGAGGAGGGAAGAGCUUGUGCUAUCAGUUACCUGCACUGCUAAUGAAAGGCUUAACACUGGUUGUUAGCCCUUUGGUAUCGUUGGUUGAAGAUCAGCUAGCCCAACUUGAUAAAUUAGGAAUUGAAGCGGCCACUCUGAAUCAAAACUCUACGAAAGAAGAAGUUACCCGCAUAGAAAGAGCGAUCACGGAUAAGAACUCUUCCUUCAGGCUUCUUUAUGUGACCCCUGAGAAAUUGGCAAAGAGUAAAAGGAUUAUGAACAAAUUGGAGAAGUCUCUCGACGUUGGGUUCCUGAAGCUAAUAGCAAUUGAUGAAGUUCAUUGUUGUUCCCAAUGGGGUCACGAUUUCCGAAAAGAUUAUUCCUUCCUAAAUGUACUGAAACGGCAGUUCAAAGGUGUACCUAUACUUGGACUCACUGCCACAGCUACGCAGAAAGUUCUAGACGACGUCAAGGAAAUGCUAGGAAUGCAAAGCAGCAUUGUCUUCCGCGCUGGCUUCAAUCGUCCAAAUUUGAAAUAUGAAGUAAUCCACAGGCCUUCAUCGGAUAAUGCAGAGGAGAUUGUCGAAAUUAUCAAGAAUAGAUUUCAUAAGAAGAGCGGAAUCAUCUAUUGUUUUAGUCGCAAAGAUUGUGAGGAACUUGCUAAGAAGUUGAAAGCUUUAGGAUUAUCAGCUUAUCACUACCAUGCCUAUUUAGAACCUGCGAAGAGAUCAAAAGUUCACGAAAACUGUUUCGUAGUCAUAUUCCCAAUCCGCAACGCCAGGCACAAAUGUAAAUCAAUAUUGGAAAAGCUUGUUUCUCAGAGUGAAAUCUGCUCAGCUGCAUAG